AUGCGACCCUCGAUCUCGCCCUGGCUCCUGGCCGGCCUCGUUCCGCUGGCCGCCGCGGGACCCCUCAAGGCACCCUCGAACGGCCAGGCCGGCCUCGAGCUGCCCCGUCGAAGCGUCACAGACAACCCCUGCGACUACAUCACCGACAAGUGUGUCACGCGUGUCGUCAACGGACAGACCCCAGUCCAGUCGCUGUGGGCCACGCGCAGCUGCGUGACCGCGGCCACCUGCAAUGGAGUCACCCCCUUCCUCCAGAAGAUUGGCGACCAGGGCAAGUCGGUCGACCCGGCCUCCGAAGACAGCCUGGCCGACACCAUCUGGGCAAAGAUGCUUCCCGCCGCGGGCGGUAGCGGCAUGACCUUUGACUCGUUCGAGCUCUGGUUUAUCGGGUCGCUCCAGUUCUACGGCCAGUACGGCUUCGGCAUCCGCGACGCCGAUGCGCUCGUCUGGUGGCAGCCCAUCGCCCAGUGGACUGGCUUCUGCACCGGUGACCAGUGCCGCGACGGCGUCAUCCCCUACCGCAACUUCAACGACUGGCUCCACUACGCGGGCAAGGCACCGACUCCCGAGCCGGAGCCCGAAAAGUGCAACCAGCUGUACACCGACUACUCGGGCUCCCACAUCGGAGCCCAGAAGCCGCUCAACCAGGAGACGUGCCCGCUGUCUGACGGUUCAGGCUGCCCGACGGCAACGUCGCUCACCAGGCGCGGCGACGGAUACGAGGCCGACGCCAAGCGCGACCAGCGCGACGACGACGAGGUGUCGGAGAGCGACCUGGCGAUGCAGGACUGGGUCGACCGCAACCUCCUGACGUCCGGCUACCACUUUGGCGGCGCCGAGGGCGAUGCCGUCCGGGUGUUUUUCAACAGGACGCAAUGGGACAUCGAGCGCGGCCGGCCGCACAACUUCAGCCUGCUCGCCGAACACGAGCGGAUGCUGCAUCCGAAGGCGAGUGACGUCGUGGUCAACAUCGACCUCGGCGCCAAUAACACCCUGGCCGCCAGGGGCCUCGAGAGGCACGAAAAGAGGCUUUCGGUCCACAUCGACUUCGACUGCAGCGUCAUCCCCGAGGUCUGCGAGAACAUGUGCUAUGGCCUCUACUGCAAGGGCCACUCGCUGGCGCAGCGGUACCGCAAGAACGGCACGGGCUGCAAUGACCUGCGAAAGCGCAACCGGUGCAAGCUCGAGGACCCCAACUACUGCUCGAGCCGCUAUCCCGCCGAGUUCACCGUGUGGCCCACGGAUCGCUCCAACCCGGGCGGAUACUCUUGCGACGAGUUCCCCUUUGCCUCGACGCAGGCGGCUUACGACAACAACGACUCGAGCAGAAUCGCCACGCGCUGCGUGCCGGCCAGCCAGAACAGCAGCCAAGGCAAGACGCUGCAAGCGGGACUGCAGACGGCCAACUCGAUCAACAACGGGUACUACACCAUCGGCUUCAUCAACAACAAGGCGUCCAACUCGUUCUGCUCGAUGUACGCCUUUGGCAACGCCCCGCCGAGCGGCGCGUGCAACGAUCCGGCCGGCCAGGGCAAGUGGGGCGACGAGUUCGGAUGGCGAUCGCAGUUUUGA